AUGCGCUAUUCGGGCCUACAAAGAGAGGUUAUGAAAUUAUACAGACAAUGUCUACGAGCCGCUGGGAAGAAGCCUGAGUCAAGCAAGGCACACUUUCGAGAUGCAGCCAGGCGCGAAUUUCGCAAGCAUCAGAAGGUUGACAAGAAGGAUUUCGCCGCAAUCGAAGCUCUAUUGCGCAUGGGCUCGCGAAAGCUCGAACUGUACUCUUCCCCGGGCGUCAGGGACAUCCACUGA